AUGUGUAAUAUGCUGCAAGAAGUUGGUCCUUCGGUUACAAUAACCACGUUAACAAAUGUACUAGCAUUUGGGGUGGGAAUGCUUUCGCCAAUACCCGAAAUUCAAAUUUUUUGCAUCGGAAACGCUACAGCGAUGAUCCUUGACUUCAUCUACCAGAUAACAUUAUUUGCCGCCAUAAUGGUAGUGGUAGAACGUCGUGAACUACAGAUCGAAAAGUCUAUGCAUUCAAUGGAACGUAAGAAACUUCUUUGGAUUUUACUAAACAAAUAUUGCUCUAUUUUGUGUUCCACAUCAUUCUCCCUGUUUACCGUUGCUGGUUUACUCUUCUACUGGUUGUUGUCUAUAUAUGGUGCUCUUACUAUCAGUGUUGAACUGAAGCCUGAGAAACUGAUAAAGCAUGAUUCAGAUAUUGUUAAGGUCUUACAACUACGGGAUGAAUACAUUAUGCCGUAUUAUGCUCCAACACUUAUCUUCGUGGGUAAGCCAGGAAAUCUGAACAAUUCUAAUAGCAUUCGCAUAUUGCACAAAAUUGUAGAUGAUUUCGAAGCACUGCCGAGUUCGGUGGGACAGACAGCAACAAAAUUUUGGCUAAGAGAUUAUGUAGAUUUCAUUGCUGAUACAGAACGAGUUUCAUUUGACGAUUUAGUUGACAACAGUCGUAAUAAUGAUGCAUAUGAAUUUCUGGACAGGAAUUUAACAGCAAUUAGCAUCAAACAGUAUGAGAUCCAGAAUUUCCUUGCAUGGCCAGAGUUUCAUUAUUGGAAGGGAUUCAUGCAAUUCGAUCUCGAUAAACAUGGUACAGGGUAUUUGAAAAGUUAUUUCUUCAUGAUAUCAUCGCAUUCUGAUCUCGGAAAAUGGUCUAGUCGUGCAAAACUAUUGAAUCAGUUGCGAAAAGUUGCCGACCGGUAUUCAAUGUAUGAAGUAAGUGUUUUCGAUGAUGAUGCGAAAUUUCUGGAUAUAAUCGAAACACUAAUGAAUCAGACAAUUCAGUCAUCUGUCUUUACAGUGAUCUUUAUGAUGUUUGUUUGCUUCCUCUUUAUACCGCAGUGUACUGCAGUCAUCAUCGCUACAUUCUCCAUUUUAAGUAUCUUCAUUGGUGUACUUGGUUUGCUAUCGUUAUGGAAUGUUGAUUUGGAUCCAAUCGUUAUGUCAGCCUUGAUAAUGUCCAUCGGCUUCAGUGUCGAUAUUCCAGCUCACGUCACUUAUCACUUCUUUCGAGCUGAUGAGGACACAAUCGAAGCUUCCCUUCAGCACUGCUUUGGAGCAAUCGGAUUUCCAGUACUGCAGGCUGCAUGCUCAACAUUACUUUGCGUGCUCAGUCUUCAGUUUAGCGAUCUUCAUAUGGCCCAUGUUUUCGUGAAAACGAUGGCACUGGUCGUAAUAAUUGGUUUUAUACAUGGUUUAGUCGUAAUACCGGUAUUAUACAGUGUUAUAUCCCGUAUUCGAUAUCCAAGAAGAAAGGCAAUAUUUGAUAUCACUGCUACAACCUGCCCAAAAGCCAUGGCAAUAUCAGAAGAUAUAACUGUUACGCUUGCAGUUGAUGCAGAAUUGAAAAUUUCCGUCCUAUGAGUGUCUUUUUUUGUUUUAAAAUAGAUACCAAUUUCUUAUAACACUAUAUUUUUCCACAACUUGGUUACUUUCAACCAGUCUUGGCAAGAG